AUGCCACAUUCCACGCUUCCACUGUGCGUCGUCGGACUCCUAGCGUUCUCCUCCGCGUGCUACAUCCAGAACUGUCCCAGGGGCGGGAAGCGCGCGUUACAGGACACCGGCAUCAGACAAGUAGGCCUACGUUACAGACCGUUCUAUUUUCCGAGUUCUCUUUUUAGGCUAUAUAGGCUACACUAUGCUUGUAAGUAGAUAGACUAGGCUACGCACCACACUACUUUAUUAUUAAUCCAUAGGCCUAAAGGUUUGGAAAAUGACCAUUUGAAAAUGACCGGCUGCGCACAGCCAAAGUGUCCUUACAGAUAUUCAGAAAAUAUUUAUUUAUUUGUUUGUUUUUUCAUAUGCUAUAUUUAUUUUUCCUAAUGCAUUUUACAGUUGUGUUUUUUCUAAUGGUCAGGCUGUUAUGUUGACAACUCAUCAAUUUAGAGCCUAUUUUUACAUAAAAUGCAGUAUUUACACGGUCAUAAUAAAUGCGGAAUGGAAUUUAGAUUGAACCUACAUAAUUGUAGGCUCUUUUUUUCUUUCUUUGAGCUCAUCUGUGCUUCCAGGGCUCUUUAAAACACACAUAGCCUACAACAAUGGAAACAUUAAAAACACUUUUUUUGUAAUUUUAUUUCUAUGAUUAAUAGUUAAAUCAUUAAAAAAAUGACAAAUUUAGGUUCCACUAGCAUAUAAAAAAUAGAAAGCCAGCUAACAGGUCUCUCCCCCUGAAGUGCAUGACAUGUGGACCAGGGGACCAGGGCCGCUGCUUUGGCCCCAGUAUCUGCUGUGGGGAGGGGCUAGGCUGCUGGAUGGGCUCCCCAGAGACGGCACGCUGCAUGGAGGAGAACUACCUGCCCACCCCCUGCCAGGCAGGAGGGAGACCCUGUGGAUCUGACGUAGGACACUGCGCUGCACCAGGAGUUUGCUGUGACUCAGGUACAGUAGGUGUCAUUGCUUAUUUCUGUCUAUUGUGUUUCGUCUGUGUGUGUGGUUGUGCACUUACCCGUUUGUUUGUCUGUCUGUCUGUCUAUCUGUCUGUCAUCUGCCUCUGUAUGUCUCUCCGUCUGUCUGUCUCUGUCUGUCUGUCUCUGUCUGUCUGUCUGUCUGUCUGUGCAUACCGGUGUAUACUUGCACAAUACAUGCUAUGUUUAUAUCGUUUUCUAACCCUCAUCAUUGUAUGUAUAUCGACAGAGAGCUGUGUUCUAGACCCAGACUGUUUGGGGACGAGUCGGUACCACUCUCCUGCGGAUCACAGCACCGGAGCCACAAGGGACUCACCGGAAGAACUUCUGCUGCGCCUGCUACACUUUGCCACCAGGGGGCAAAGUGAAUACUAA